AGGGGGACUAAGAGUAUCUUAUUGGGAAGGGGCCCCAAUGCUAUGCGGUUAAAAGAAGCCAAGGGAUCAGUGACCAAUCAUGCCAGUGUUGUCGGAGCAGAGAGACUGAGCACGAGUGACGGUUUACUGCAAGUGAUAGGGCGAUCGAUCGAUCAACGCACCGUUUUUCUACUGUCAUACAUUCGAAACUGAGCUGGGCUGGACUGGGCUACACAAUCCCACUCCUGCAAUGUAACGUAGUGUAUGUAGGCUCAACUGGGUGGCACCCAGUUCCAGUGCUGAUUGAUCACGAAGGCAGCCCAUUUAGUUGGGUCCGGAAUUGGAAAGUAGCAGCAGGGUUCUUCAUCUGCUCGCAAUUGCCAAACUUUCUUUUCGCCCUUGUCGUAGGCAGCUUCCGAGAUUCACUUCUGGUGGGAGUAAUUUGUCGUGCUGUCUCCGAGUAGGCGAGGCAGGAUUGGGCUUUUGUUGGAGGCAUUUCGUCUCGUGCUUGGAAGAAGAUCGGCCCGUGGUGGAGUUCUGGCUCAUGGUUGGGAGGUCCUUUUGAGGACUCGUUCAUAGUAUAUCAUUAUUCGUGCAGAUUCUAGGGUUGUAGUUGUCCUUGGUUGCAACGAUGUUCGUUGCUCCGGAAUUCCAUGGCCGAAGUCUUCGGAUGUGAGACGUCAGUGUUGUAGCGGGGAUUUAGUAAACGGGAAAGCAGAUACGCAGAAUUUGAGGUAGUGUGAUAGAAAAUCAGGAGUCGAAGAGCGUAGGCAUGCAAUGACUCCGAUUACAAAGACCGAGAGCGCCCAUCAGAAGUACAGGUCGGGACAUUAUGCGGAGGCUCUGGAGCUAUACACAGAGGCUCUGAAUGCUGCCACGCUGCUGAAUCAUCAAAUUGCCCUUCACAGCAAUCGAGCAGCAUGCUAUCUCAAGCUGCAGCAGUUUAAGCCAGCAGCAGAAGAAUGCAGUGCGGUUCUAGAGCUCGAUGCCAAGCACGCAGGGGCGCUGAUGCUGCGAGCCCAGACUUUAGUUGCAAUGAAAGAUUACCAUUCCGCCUUGUUCGACGUCAAUCGCUUGCUUGAAACCAACCCCGAAUCCGAAGUGUACCGUAAUUUGCGAGAGCGAUUGCGGACUCAGAUGGCCUUGGCACCCAUUCCGGAGGCGGACAGUGAGACUCCUCCCGAUUCUCCCUCCCACCAACCAAUGCGUAAGUUGCCCGUUCUGGCAGGACCACCUCCGAAACCGGUGGGGUGGGCUGCAAUUCCGAAACCGACGGGACACACCUGUGUGGAUUACUCCCGCUGGAGCGGAUUGGGAGACGACAUCAGCAGCGACGAGGAGGAAGCAGAGGAGCAACCUCAAUACGCUUAUCGGCUGAAAAAUGUUGGAUUGAGCAAUAUUCGAGUUGUAUAAGAUAGCUACCGACUUAUCUUCUGGAUCAUUUCGUUUCUGAAAGUGGGGGUGUGAGGUUUGUUGAGGUUCCUCAACCAUUGUACAAAUACGAGAACUAUAUGUCAAUCUCAACUUGAAAAACAAGUGUUUUCGAAAUACUCUA